GAUAUCCGAUCGUGAAUGGUGCUGAGUCAUUGAUCGCUCAAUCGGUGCGGGAAGGUGCCAAAAACAAAACAAAAGCAUGAAUUGAAACAUUGUGAAAUUGCUUCCGAAUGAAAUGUUACCAAUUAUUGUGCAGUGUGUGACGCUUUCCGCGAACCGGUCCACAGAGAGUGACAAAGAACAACACCACGUUCGAAGGGCCGGCGGAAUCUUAACCGGUUUUUUUUUUCGGUGUGUGGUGCUGUUCGUUAUGAUAUCCGGUUUAGAUUUGGAGAUUCCGUUCUGUGAUGUGUAGCUAUACGCUUGGAAGAAUUUAUAUGAAAAUAGUCUCUCAUCGCUCGAAAAUCCACGUGCAAAUUCUAUUGGGUUGGAUUGGAUAUUUGCAAUUCAAAUCUUUUAAGAACCAACAUCGUCCACUCGAAAGGCGAUACAAGAGUAGGUCAGACUGACCCUUUUUAAAGAUGGUUUUACACCCAAGCAGGAAACCAUUGUUGCGGUCGUAAAUGGGUUGUGUUUGUGGAGUUUUUGGUGCUAAAUAUGUUUUCAUUCCGCGCUGUAACAACAUUCGUUCGCCGUGCCUUGACCCGACCAGUCCGUCCGUCCGGCUUCAAGGAUUGCACGUGGACAUUUGUGUCACUUGUCAGCCACAAAGAAAUCCAUUUUAAGUGAAGUGUUACGUGACUCAUUAAAAGAAACAACGCCCCGGACCGGACUCUUUGGUGGUGAUCCAGCAGUUGGCACACUUUGACCGUAACACACCAUCAUGGCCGAAGGAAGUGAAGGAAAGUCAUCCAAUUUGUCAGCGGGCCAAGCGUCUGCGGCGAUGUCCUACGCGACGGACAUAACGCAUCGCUAUCCGACGUUUCGCGACGAGCCGUUCAAGACCGUGCAUAACUGGCUGGAGGGCAAACGGUACGACGAUGGGGCGGACAGUCUCUGGCGCAUCAACGAUGGGCUGUACGAUCUGGAAGAGUUUGCCCGCAUCCACCCGGGAGGUGCCGAGUGGAUACAGUGGACAAAGGGAACGGACAUUACGGAGGCAUUCGAAACGCACCACAUCGGCCAACGGGCGGAACAGAUGCUACCGAAGUUCUACGUUCGGCAGGCAACGCAGCCACGAAACGUCCGGUUCACGUUUCAUGAGCAUGGAUUCUACCGAACGCUUAAGCGCCGCAUCCGGGAGCAGCUGGGCCGUGUGGACCCUGCCCCGAAGGAGCAGUCGCGCCGCAUACUGGACGCACUGAUCGGAGCGGUCCUGGUGACGGCCUACCUGGCAGUGAGGCACGAAAGUUUCGCCAUCGGAUUGAUCUGUGCCAUUUGCGUCAAUGCAACCAUCAUUGCCGCGCACAACUUUCUGCACCAGCGCGACAACUGGCGCAUGUACGCGUUCAAUAUUGCGUUUCUGAGCUAUCGGGAAUGGCGUGUGUCUCACGUGAUAUCGCACCACCUGUUCCCGAACUCGGUGCUGGAUAUGGAAAUUUCGGCGUUCGAGCCGUUCCUGUGCUACCUGCCGUGGGCAGACUUGAAGAACAGCUUCCAGCGGUACGGCUCCUGGUUCUACGGACCAUUCAUAUACGGGUCAAUCUUUCUCAGCGAGUAUCUUAAGCGGCUGAUGGACAGCGUCAGCCAGGGCAAGAACCGGUUCCGUCUGGAUGAUCUCAUCCCGUUCUUCCUGCCCGCGUUCAUGUACGCUACCAAUCCGGACCGCAUCGGCGUGAUUCUCCAGAUGUGGCUGUUUGUGGUGCUGAUAGCCAGCUUUCUGUUCGGUUUGAUUGGGCUCAGCGCUGGCCACCAUCAUCCGAAGGCGCUACAUUCGGGUGAUUUGUUUCCACAUGACAUCGAUUUCGGACUCUACCAGAUGGCAACCAUCGUCGAACGGAAAGGCGUCGAAGGAUCGCUCCUGAAGGUGUUGACCACGUUCGGAGAUCAUUAUCUGCAUCAUCUCUUUCCGACACUUGAUCAUGCGAUCUUGCCCCAGCUGAACGGUGUCUUUCUCGCUACGUGCGACCAGUUUGGUGUUGGCAAGCGGCACAGUUCGUGGUUUUCACAGUACAUCGCACAGAACUUACAGCUCGCACGGGUGCAUGCCAAGCAGUACCAGCCACAAGCGUCACACAGCAAGCUGCCUAAAAGUAAGACAGGCAGAGUGUAUAACGACGAGUCCGCUAGCGGCAAGUCACUCUGAAAUAUUCAUUAGCCAGCACUAAGCGUAUGAGCAUGUAAGGACAGAAGGAGAUACUUCUUCAUCAGCUGAGUGUAUGCGGAGCGAGGCAACGAAAGAAGCAACGUCCAGGAUUGUUAGUAUGUGUCAAAUUACCGUUAGCCAUUAAGCGUUGAAAGGAAACUAAAUUCGCAGACACUAAUAAACCGUUUGCGCAGUGUGAUAGGAUUACCCCCAUAAAGGCCCAUAUUUGCGAGUGUGUAACAGCGAUAUUUAAGCAACAAGUGUAUGAAGGACAGAUCGAUUAAAGCUUAUUUUUGAAAAAAUGGUCGUUUCAUUUGUCUGAAACAUGUGCACGAUGGACACAGGAAGGUAUUUUAGUAAUCAGGCUCCUGCACAGCAAGGUAAAGGUUAUGCGUGUGGUGUAGCUGAUGCCAUACUCCAGAAGACGGAUUGAGACCCUUAUCUCAAUAAGGCGGAAAAGAUGCAGAGAAUGUGGUAUUUUGGAUUCACCGGAAAAAGUAUUCAAAGAAGAACGAACGAAUUGUGUCAUCCCGGCCAACAUGAUCAUGACAGCAGCGGUAUCGUCAAGACGUUGAAGCUCACAUUAGUUGAAGUUUAUUCGGAAUUAGAUCAAAAGUUCGGAAUUAGGAUGUUGUACAACUGCAGUGACCCUCAUUAGCAAAUUGAUUGGAAGUCUCAGUGUCUGACGAUCGAGACUAUCCUCUCGUGACCAGUAGCCCUAGAAUGUUGAAACAUUCAUCGCUAAGCCUAAAGUCCAAAUUUAAUUUUAUGAGAAUCGACGGUCAAUCAAACGCAGAAAUGAACAUUAUAAAGGACGGUAGCAAUAAUUGAAGGUUUGACAAAGGGGGUUGAAGGGUUGAAACUUCAGACAAAAAAAAUUGAAAUAAAUAUGUAUUGAAACAGUACAACCUCCUUAAGAGUAGAGUAGAGUAGACUCCUUUUAAGAAUUUCUGUCAAGGUUCUGUACUCACGUAAAUCAUUGUUCGUAAUUGAUUAUUAAUUCGAUGGACUGCUUGGCUCUCUUGACAACGUGCAACAGCUAUAAAACAGUUUUUACAUGAAAUAUAAGAACUUCACACGAGA